AUGACCAAGUUUCAUCAAUAUCUUUAUGGAAGACGUUUUGAAAUAAUAACUGAUCAUCAAGCGUUGACAACACUGUUUAAUCCGGGUAGAAAGUUGCCAGUGAUGGCGUUGUAUCGCUUACAGCGUUGGGCUAUUGUACUUCAAGCAUAUGAAUACAUUAUACGGUUCAAAAGUUCAUCUCAGAAUGCUAACGCUGAUGCUCUUUCCAGAUUGCCGUGUGGGGAUGACAUACAAUUUGAUAGAAAGGAAGUUGUGAUGUUAGAUGAUGUCGAUAUUGUUUAUCAAAAUGCUGGGGAUUACCUUCCAGUAAAUGCAACAUUAGUAGAGGAUAUGACUGCUAAUGACAACACUCUUCAACGUGUCAGCAGAUAUGUACAAGAUGGCUGGCCUGAACAAUUGCCGAAAUCUGAAGGUAGUAUCAAACCGUACUUUAAUCGCAGAUUUUGCUUAUCAUUUCAGACUGGAGUGUUACUUCUUCAAGCUGAAAAUACUAGAGUGGUGCAAUCGAAAGCACUGCAAUCUCAAGUAUUAAAUUUGUUACACGAGGGUCAUUGGGGUAAAGGUCGUAUGAAACAGAUGGCAAGACGAUAUGUGUGGUUUCCUCUUAUUGAUAAAGCUAUAGAACGUAUUCAUGAUGAUUGUUCAUCUUGUCAACAAGGUGCAAGUCAACCAAAGCGAGAAUUUUCUGCAUGGCCAGAACCUAGUAGGCCGUGGGAAAGAGUUCAUUUGGAUUUCGCGGGUCCAUUCUUUAAACGUAUGUGGCUCAUAGUUGUGGAUGCAUAUUCAAAAUUUCCAUAUAUUGUGGAACUAACAAUAACAGCUGUAACAACAGUUGGAGCUCUACAAAAAAUUUUUUCUAUCGAAGGUCUUCCGUGCACUAUUGUGACAGACAAUGGAACACAAUUCACGUCCAAUGAAGUUUUAAAGUUUUGUGAAAUGAACGCAAUUCAGCAUCUCACGUCUGCUCCUUUUCAUCCAGCUUCGAAUGGGUUAGCGGAAAGACAUGUGAGAGCUUUUAAGGAAGCAGUAACAAAAAUUAUGAAAGAGGAACAACAUAUUGACAAAGCGUUGUAUAAAUAUCUUACAACGUAUAGAACUACUCCAAACUUAACAACCGAUAAAUCGCCAGCAGAGUUGUUACAUGGGCGGCAACCAAGAACCAUUUUAUCGGCGUUGUUCCCGAAAGUUAUGGAGACAAUGAAAACUCAAAAUAGAAGCAAAUUCGGAGUUGGAGAGAAAGUGUUAGUUCGUAAUUAUUCGAGACCGCAUAAAUGGAUCAGGGCCGUGAUACAGAAAUUGCUGGGAAACAAAAUGUAUUUUAUUCAAACUGAAAAUGGUUACAUAAAACGACAUCAAAAUCAAAUACGUCGAAAUUUGUCGUCAUCGCAUUCAAUUCAGCUUAGGGCAGAUAAUGUUGAUAUUGAUUUAGAUUUCGGUAGUCGGACACCACCGGUUGAGGAAACAACAAUUAAUACUGGAUCCAACCCGGAAUAUAGUCAAACAGAGAAAGACGACAAAAUGGGGACCGAUAAAACAAAAACCAUUACUGGAUCUGACUUGGAACAGAAUCAAAGAGAGAAAGACGACAAAGUGAAGUCCAACGACAGAUAUGGGUCCACACACACUGAUCAGUUGCCAGUUCAAUUAAGACGGUCGGUUAGAAAGAGAAGACAACCUGUUCGUUUUAAUCUAGUAUAA